UGGUUCCAUAUCUGUGCCACACACAAAUAAUACGUGAUAAUUGUAUUUUUGACCGUUUAAAUAUACGUAAAUAACACCUGUAAGCUUGCCAGUCAAGUACCCAGGUGCCACAGGAAGUGAUAUCACAGUAGUAACAAGUGUCUUAGAAACGGUUGCUAGGAACUGGAUUGUGCUCCAACAAGAAGUGUGAGCACGUAACAAAGCUAGCCUGUGCUAGCCAGCUAGCACUUCACAAAUGUUAAUAGUUUGUUAUCAGUAGUAAAAAGUUUAAUUGUCGCCAAUAUGCAGACGAAAAAGGAGGUCAGAGACAGCACUUACACCUUUGCCAGCCGGCCUAGAGCUCUACAAAACCGAAGCAAGUACAGGGAACCCGCGGCUGAACCAAAUGAUGACGGUGGAAUUCCUGUGAAUAUCAUGUAUGACCGGCGUGUUGUCCGAGGCAACACGUAUGCGCAGAACAUCCUGCCCCUGACGGCUCAGACGGACCCGGUGGAGCUGCAGAAGCAGCAGGAGGCUCGCAGGAAGGCGAUCGCUCGCCGCAGGGCCAAGGCGCAGUUCCGCUCCCGCACACCGGAGGCAGUGGAGGGCCGGCAGCACAUGGACGUUCAGACAGAACUGUACCUGGAGGAGCUGAGUGACCGGGUGGAAGAGUCCAACGUGGAAUGCCAGACCGACGCAUUCCUGGACAAGCCGCCCAGCCCCCUGUUCAUCCCGGCCAAGACCGGGAGAGACGUGGCCACGCAGAUCGAGGAGGGAGAGCUGUUUGACUUUGACCUGGAGGUGCGUCCCCUGCUGGAGACGCUGGUGGGGAAGACGGUGGAGCAGUCCCUGCUGGAGGUGAUGGAGGAAGAGGAGCUGGCCAGCCUGAGGAAGCAGCAGCGUGCCUACGAGGAGCUGCACGCCCUGGAGCUGGUGGAGGUGCAGAGGCUGGAGGAGCGGGAGCGGCGCCACCGCCAGGAGAAGGAGCGUCGGCUGAGGCAGCAGAGGGAGGUUCUGCAGAAGGAGAGAGAGACGGUGGAGAAGAUGGCGGCCCGUGCGUUCGCUCAGCAGUACCUGGUGGACCUGCUCCCGUCCGUCUACACCACGCUGAGGGAUCAUGGGUACUUCUACGACCCCGUGGAGAGAGACGUGGAGACGGGCUUCCUUCCCUGGGUGAUGACACAGGUCACCGGGAACUUGGAGAAGCGGGGCGUGGCCAGAGCUGUGAUGGACAUGCUCAUACGCCAUGUCACGCAGCGCAAGUCUCAGUUCUACCAGCAGAUGGCGGCAGAGUCCUCCGAGCCCAGCUGAGCGAGCCUACCGAUCCCCCAGCCUCCUGUUUAAUAAACACGUUUAUAGCUGA